GAGAGAGAGAGAGAGAGAGAGAAAGAGUGAGAGAGAGACUAAAGAGGCGCAGGAUUUACCUCGUUGUGUAGAUUGUGACGAUGCGUCGUGAGCCGUGAGCUCUCAGCUCGUAGUGUUAUCUACUUAUAUUGAUGAAAGGGGCUGCACCGCGAGAGAAUCGUUUCCUCGUCGCCGCGAAAAACACACGCACGCGCCGCGCGUGUCUGCAAUCGGGGGAAAACUCGUCGUCUUCGUCGUUGUCGCAAGCUCGGAGCCACUGAUGCAGCUCGGCGAUCUGAUCGCUCGCGGAGAGCGAUCCAACUCUCGGUGCCCCGUGAGGUGGCGGCACGAAUCCACAAGCCCACUUAUACCCAAGCAACUGAGUAGUCUACCUCGGUGUCGCAUCCUCUCGGCCCUCGACGCGUUUGCAGUUCACGCACCCCCCCGACCACCGCUCCUUCUCUUACUCCUAUAUAGACGAGUAGAUCGAGAGCAUAGAGCGACGCGGCGCGACAUCUGCAGGUCGAAAGCAGUCAUCAGCGAAGGUUGGCGGUGUGUGUGCGUGGAUCGGAGACUCCACGGACUGCUACGACUAGCGGAUCUCGUCGGUCGUCGGAGCUGCGCGCGAGACUGCUGCUACUGCUGCUGCCGCGCGAGAGAGAGCGAGCGAGUAGGAGAGAGAGCAAGCGUGGCUAAUCAAGGCACCAAGAGAAAGAUGAGCAGUUCGGAGGAAGUCUCGUGGAUUGCGUGGUUCUGCGGCCUCAAGGGAAAUGAAUUCUUCUGCGAGGUUGAUGAAGACUAUAUCCAGGACAAGUUUAACCUGACAGGGCUCAAUGAGCAGGUUCCACAUUAUCGCCAAGCACUGGACAUGAUCCUGGAUCUGGAACCUGAUGAGGACCUGGAUGAUAAUCCUAAUCAAUCGGAUCUCAUAGAGCAGGCGGCAGAAAUGCUGUAUGGGCUCAUCCACGCUCGCUACAUUCUCACAAACAGAGGUAUUGCUCAAAUGAUUGAGAAAUAUCUGGCUGGGGACUUUGGACACUGUCUACGAGUGUACUGUGAAACACAGCCUAUGCUCCCAUUGGGAUUGAGUGAUGUGCCUGGUGAAGCCAUGGUCAAAAGUUACUGUCCGAAGUGCAUGGAUGUUUACACACCGAAAAGCUCCCGAUAUCAUCAUACCGAUGGUGCAUACUUUGGAACGGGGUUCCCACACAUGCUGUUCAUGGUUCAUCCUGAAUACAGACCAAAGCGUGCAGUUAAUCAGUUUGUACCAAGGUUAUAUGGAUUCAAAAUUCAUCCAUUAGCUUAUCAAGUGCAACAACAAUCGGCCACUACGUUCAAACAGCCGUUGCGAGCGUUGAAUUACAACAAUGGAAAGCGCUAAGAUCGUUUAAAAAUAGUUUAGAAACAAAAAAACUUCUUCACACUAAUCGAAAUGCAAAUCUUAAUUUCGUCCCUAAGAUUUAAAUGAAAUAUUAUUUUUUAUAUAUAUCUCUCAGUCUUUUUCCUUGCGUCUUCGCGUGGCGCUGAUCUGACGUUAGAAGAAGACCGUAAUUUAAACUUUUCACGCUGGUCUCUGCAAUAAUUCUGACGUUGUCAAAGAGAAAAAGGGAGCGUUGUAUAUCAUUUUAAUUUCUGAGCUAAAGACCUGUCUUUCUUUUUUUGAUCGGGAAACAUGUUUGUGCGUGCAACACAAAUAUUCUUAUCCAUUCAAGGAAAGAAAUGAAUAAUUAAAUACAGAAGAGAAGAUGAAAAGCGAAAAAAACCACGAAAUUAAGUAUGAAAAAAGGAAGAAAUACACCUAGGAUAAUAGCUAGGAUAUAAGAGCAAAGAUAAAGUAGAACGUAUUUGUCUGUAUGAGUCACACGCGUCAUUAUGGUUGCUGCCAAGUAGUUCCUAAGCUCAAGAAUGCUUUCCGAUGAUGCGAAAGUUUGUCAAGAAACGAGGAGCGCGCAGGUAGCAUGAGGGAAACUUGAUGAAAUUAAUAAAUAAAAAUAAGUAAAAUGUGCAUAAACUAGAUUUCUUAAUCGCGAAGUGAAAAAAAAAGAAACAAUUAUCAUUAUACUCUACGAUUAUUUUCCGUUUCUUGUAAUUUUAUUUCGAGUUGACUUUUGAUGAAUCUUAAUUGAAUAAUGUACUUGACACGAUUGAAUUUUUUUAAUAAUGUACGGUUAAAAUUCAUCAAAGGUAACUGUAAUCCAAAAAAGCGACUCGAAAUUUUAUCUGUAUUUACUUACAUAUUAUUAAAUGUUCUCAUAAAUGUUUGUGCUUAUUUUACUGUUUUACUUUCGUGGUUUCUUUAUAGUUUUCCUUCAGGAUUCAGCAAUCCAUUCAUUUUUCCAGUUGAAGAACUACUGGUGUAUAAAAAUAAAUAUUGAAAAGAAAAGAAGUAAUGAUGAAAAUGUUGUUAUGCAUAAUUUAAUUUAAUUGUCGAAUAAAAUAAUGAGUGUGAAUUGUGACCGAAGCGAAUUGUUGUGUAGAUUCAUAGAUUCGCAGAAUCAGAUUUUUUGGACAGUGACGAGGACACGCCUGUUAUAUUAUAUCGACUAAAUUAAAUUUAGAGGAUAAAGUUUGUAUUCUACUGUCGUAUAAGCUCUAUUCUUACCGCCCGUUCCGUGUCACACUUCCUUGGAAGUUCGACUUCUUAAUAUUACAUAUUUGCGACGGGGAUGUUGUUUUAACCGACUCUCGGAGCGAACAAUAAUGUUUUUAUUUUAGUUUAGGUUCAUUGAGUAUUAGUCCAACCUUCAAGCGAUUCCAUUGCGAUUUGAACUCGGCAAGCCUUCCAGCGUGAGCGCGGCACGGAACGCCGAAUAUAUAAAAAAACUUUUUUAAACAGAUUUUUUAUUGUAACACUUACAUAAAUGGUUUUUCCUUUUGAA